AUGGCUCAGAAUCCGGUUAAAGAAAAUGACCGGACCUCUCUUUCCACUUCUUCCACCCAGAUAUCCAGCUACGUCAUCCCUUUGUAUCCUUUCAUCCCACCGUCGUGGACAGGAACAAAAUGUCCUCGAGAGCUGCAAGAGGUACGCCUUCGAAGGCUCCGCGCGAAACUUGACGGCAUCUCCGGGGACUGGUCGGAACGCAUACUCUCUGGCUCUGCGACAUCUCUUGAUCUCGACCCUCAAAGCUGCGAGGCGAUUCAAAACAUGCUAGAUCUCCGUCACGAAGAGUCUGAUCCACUGCUUGAGGCGGCGGACGGGCAUCUACAGGAAUUGGGUCUCGCUCCCUCAGACGACGCUCUGUCUGACACGAACACGCCGGUCUGGUUCCGCGCAGGGCAAUAUCUAUGGGACGACACCCCUCUCACCGUCCAGGACUCCGAGUCUGGAGUCUCCCCGCACGUUUCGCUUGAUUUCCUUCCGGGUUCGGUCGAACGUAGCCCAGAGUUCUAUGAAGUAGCCUCGCAGAUUCAACCUCGGUCGUACGAGGAGCAUAUGCUGAUCAUGGAGAUGACGGACAAGUUCUCAAAGAGAGUCGAUGGGAAGUUGAGGACAGGCUACGCUCCGUAUCCCCACGAAUACGGUGCCCCAUCAACAAGGCCCUUGGACGCGUAUACACAGAUUGCGAAGUUCCUGGAGUUGAUGUAG